AUUGUUACAUGAUUUCCAAAAAAAUUGCCGAACACAAUGUCACUCUAAAAAUGGCUGGCCAUAAUGGUCAUACGCUGUUUGGAAGGCGAGAAAGAGAGAGGGAUCUCCCUUCUUUCUCACAGGGGAGGGAGAGAGAGUAGGCUGUAGUCAAGUUUUUAGGGUUUGCAGAGACGACCAAGGUGCGUCGAUCCCCUUUCAGCAUCUCUGAUUGAGUCCACGCAUCUUUCAAAAGUGUCAGCUUCAUGUUGCAUAUUCGCUAGAGUCUUUGAUUCUGUCUGAGAUUCAAACUCCACACAUAUUCAAUCCCAGUAAUGUCCAUGGAUCAAAGUUCAAAGAUGAAGGGUUGUUCUUCAUCAGGGCUUCAAAUCAUCAUUUCCACAAUAAUCUCCUGCAAAUCUGUGCUAUUGUGUGAUUCACUCUAAGAGCGAAUAGAGGAAAUAGAAAGUUGUGGGAUUUGGAAACACUAGACACUUGUGCUGAUUGUGUAGAGUGUCUUUUUGUUCAAAUCUCUAGGGGUUUUGCAGGCAGAUAAGAAGUAGGGAUUUAUCCAUGUUGGUGUUUUGGCGAUGGAACCCAGGUCGCCUUCCAAGUUUAAAAUUCCUAUCAUGGGAUUUGUUCAAUAUAAACGGGUCUUCAAUAUUGGUAUCAUAGUUCUGGCCGUUGUGCUGUUACUGGUUGGUGUUUAUCAUGUAUUUGGACCGGGGAGAGGUGGCAAUGUGUUGGGAAGGCCUUACUUUACUGUGGUUGUGGACUGUGGAAGCACAGGGACGAGAGUGAAUGUGUAUGAGUGGGUCAUGAAAGGUGAGAGGAACUGGGAGCUGCCUAUGUUGAUGCAUUCAUAUCCCGACUUGUCAACCAAGAGUCCUCUUUGGAAAGGUGCUUGUCAGUACCAUUGCUUGCAAACUGAACCUGGGUUAGAUAAAUUUGUUGGUAAUUAUUCAGGGGUGAGGGCGUCUUUGGAGCCAUUGAUUCUUUGGGCUGAGCAGCAGGUACCACCUGAAAGACGUGGAGAGACUCCGGUUUUUGUUCUAGCUACUGCUGGACUAAGGAGGCUGGAUGUUGUUGAUGUUAAGCAAGUUUUGGAUGAUGCAGAGGCUGUUGUGGGAAAGCAUGCAUUUUUGCAUAGGAGAAGUUGGAUCAGGGUGUUGAGUGGAAAAGAAGAAGCUUACUAUGGUUGGAUUGCUCUGAACUAUAAGAUGGGGAGACUUGGAAAUAAUUCAAGGUUGCCCACUUUGGGACUUCUGGAUUUGGGUGGUUCAUCAUUGCAGGUGGUGAUGGAGGUAGGUGAAUCAAGAGAAGAUGGGCACUUGGUCAGAUCAAGGGUUGGCUUGUUUGAACAUCGAAUCUUGGCAUACUCAUUGACGGAAUUUGGUAUAAAUAAGGCAUUUGAUAGGACAGUUAGUAUGCUAAGCCAAGUGCAACCACUCAGAGAAGGUUCUGGCCGUAAACUGGAACUCCAGCAUCCUUGUCUUGGUUCUGAUUAUGUGAACAAUUACACCUGUGAUGGUUGCAUUUUUUCAAAUGCUACUGACUCGAAUAGUUCUCAGCCCAUGCGAAAUCAUCACUUCACUUCUGUGUAUCUAGUUGGAGACCUGAAUUGGGAGCAAUGCAAAGGACUUGCAAGGACUGCUGCAAUACAUUCAAGCAGCUCAGAUUGGUCCAACCUAACACUUGCUUUAAACUGCAAAGCACACUUGCCUUCUCAUAGUGGCAGCAAUAUACUGAAUUCUAAAGCCACCACCCAUGCUGCUGCAUGCUUUCAUGCUUUGUCUGGAUUUUUUGUUGUUUACACCAUGCUGAAUUUGAGUCAAAGAGCCAACAUGACAGAAAUUUGGGAGAGAGGCCAGCUACUAUGUUCAAGAUCAGAUGCUCAUUUUGGCAGCAUUUCCGGAAAUUAUGCUAGGCAGUUUUGUUUCAGUGUGCCCUAUUUAGCUUCACUCAUUGAAGAUGGUCUAUGUCUUGGUGAUGCAGAAAUAAAUUUUGGCCCGGGAGAUGUUUCUUGGACUUUAGGAGCUGCCUUGGUUGAAGGGGAAUACUUGUGGCUAAGUACCACUAAUUCUCGGUUGAGCAUAUCAUCCUUGAAAAUAAAGUCAGUCUUAGCAUCACCAUUUUUCCUAUUUAUUUUGCUUCUAGGUCUUCUUCUCAUUGUUUACUGUAGUCAAAUUAAGCUGCCUAUGCCCGGAAAAAGAGGUGCCGGUGUUAGAUCAUCCUUGCCAUCCUAUAUCUAUCCAAAACGCAGGCCAAACUAAUCUUUGGUUUCUGCAUUUUUGAUUGUUUGUUCUUAUUGUAAGUGCAAUUCAUUUAUUCUUUGUAAGUUAGAGUUACAUAAAUCCAUUUUAGAUUAUUAACUUGUAUGUUUGUCACUAUAAGACAAAAAGCUAUGUUGUACUCCUGGUUGGAUUCUAGAGUUUUCUUCUUGGAUGAUAGCUUUUAUUCUUCUGUGUC